CAUAGCUGGCAAUUAGCCAGCAGGAACUCCAGCUGGGACAACAAGAGCCACCACCUUGCUGGGGGGAAGAAUACUCUCAGCAGUUGCUGGAGGACAGAGGACGUGCGGCAACACCUGGCCUGCAGAGUGUCCCAAGAAGCAACCAUGUCUGCCCUGUACCCAUCUCUGGAGGACCUGAAGGUAGACCAGGUCAUUCAGGCCCAGGCCAGAGCCGUGCCCAAGAUGCCUGCCCUGCUCUCCCAGAAGGCAGCUGUCUCCCAGCCCCCAGCUUUGUAUCCCAACCUGGCAGAACUGGGGAGCUAUAUGGGCCUUUCCCUCUUCAGCCCAGAAGUUCGGCAGAAUCUGCCUCAGACAGCGGCCUCGGGCGCGUCGCUGGGCCUGGUGGUGGCGCCGGUGUCCGGAGACAGCCUGGGUGUGCGGCGCGCGGAGAUCAAGCCCGGGGUGCGCGAGAUCCACCUGUGCAAGGACGAGCGGGGCAAAACCGGGCUGCAACUGCGGGCCAUCGACAAGGGUGUCUUUGUGCAGCUGGUCCAGGCCAACACCCCUGCGUCCCUUGUGGGGCUCCGCUUCGGGGACCAGAUCCUGCAGAUUGAGGGGCGCGACUGUGCCGGCUGGAGCACAGACAAAGCCCACCGGGCGGUGAAGAAGGCGCCGGCGGAGAAGAUCGUCAUGGUCGUUCGGGACAGGCCGUUCCAGCGGACUGUGGUCACGCAAAAAGACAGCACAGGCCAAGUCGGCUUCUUCAUCAAGAAGGGGAAGGUGGUCUCUGUGGUGAAAGGGAGUUCCGCGGCCCGCAACGGGCUCCUUACCAACCACUACAUCUGCGAGGUGAACGGGCAGAACGUCAUUGGGUUGAAGGACAAAGAGAUCGGGCAGAUCCUGGCCACGGCCGGCAAUGUCGUCACCCUGACCAUCAUCCCCACUGUGAUCUACGAGCACAUGGUCAAGAAGUUGUCCCCGACCCUGCUCCACCGCACCAUGGACCACUCCAUCCCAGAUGUCUGAGGCCAGAGGGGCAGCUUGGGUCUCUCACCCUUCUCCCAUCGUCCUGCUGAAAGGGCUGUGUCCCGGGAUGACAGGGUGUAGCUGGCCCACUGCCUUGGGGGGGGGGUGUGCCUGUGGGGUUACUACCUGGGGGGAGGGGAUGUCCCAGG